UGUGGAACUCAGUCCCCCAUAAAAACACAUUCUUUCAAACCCUUUUGGCAUUUCUUCAUAAACACCUCUUAAGCAAAGUGACUGUUUAAGUAAAGUGAAGCUGAUAGAGAAUCAAUCUUUAUGUCCUUUCUUCUUCAACUGCCUUACUCUCCCUCUACUAUAUAUAACACCAACCCCAUUGAUGGGUUGCUGUCUUUGGAGUUUUUGAAUUUAAAGGUCUUGAAAGGUUGAUCACCAUUUUGAACCUCUCACUCUUGCUUUGAACUUGUGGGUUUUGUUUGGAGUCAUGGAAAGAAGAAGAAUUUACAUUCUGUUUCUCUGCUUCACCAUUGCUACUGUCUCUUCUUUAGCCAUUUGUGAUGCAAGGAAGACAAUGGGUUCAUCCAAAGUUGUAAAACACCCAAGAAGAAGUUCAAUGAUCAAGACCACAAAGAACUUGAAGGUGAUAAGCACUCUAUAUUCACUAUUGGGCACCAAUGCAUUGAUGGAUUCAUCAUCAUCCAAUACCCAACCUUAUGUGGGCUCACCCUUUAAUUUGCCACCUUAUGAUUCACUAGGCCCAAUUUCUUUGCCCCAAAAUGCCCCUCCAUAUUGUAUUUAUCCCCCAUCAACCCCACAACCUCCCUCCACAACAAUCCCAACUCCAAUUACAUUAUUGCCACCACCAUCAUCUUACAUCCCUCCUAUUUUUCCCAUCCAAAGCCCACCUCCAAGCCCAUUUGUCCAAACCCCGAGCCCACCAGAAUCUAUUUUGAUCCCAAGCCCGCCAGAAGCUUUUCCAAGCCCACCAAGCAUAGUUCCGAACCCACCAGAAACUGUACCUAGCCCAUUCAUUUUCAUUCCAAGCCCACCGUACAUUGAGCCCAGCCCACCAAGUUUUAUACCUAGCCCGCCCACUUACAUUCCGUCUCCCACGGGCUUUGUGCCAAGCCCAUCUGUUUUUAAGCCACCGGUUGUGUUCCCUCCACCAGCGGUGCCACCACCUCGAAACACAGCCCCAACCACAGCCCUAUGGUGCGUGGCCAAGCCCACGGUGCCCGACCCAAUUAUUCAAGAAGCGAUGAACUAUGCUUGUGGGUCGGGAGCAGAUUGCUAUUCGAUCCAGCCCAGUGGGCCUUGCUUCGAGCCCAAUACAUUGUUUGCCCAUGCAUCAUUUGCUUUCAAUAGUUAUUGGCAAAAGACCAGGGCAGCUGGAGGCACGUGUGAGUUUGGAGGGACAUCAAUGCUAGUAACUGUUGACCCUAGCUAUGAUGGGUGCCAUUUUGAAUACUAUUAAUUAGUGAAGACAGUCAAGUAUCUUUUUGGAGACAAAAUUCUAGAAGACAGAUCUCCCUCUUCAUUUCACAUACACAAAUAUUUGAUCAGAACAAAAUUUUUGUAAGUAAUUACAUGUAUAGAUUCUGACAAGUGGGUCCAAUUUGAAUUUUGCUUUGCAAGUUUUUUUUUUAAAAAAUUCUUAUCCUGUAAUUCUUAUUUGGUACAUGGGUCCACUUAGAGUUGCAUAAACUCCCAAGUGUAUAAUGCCUCAAUAAACUUGGAUUGAAGAGGUUG